GAUACAUUUCAGUGAUCAAAAAUAUCAUAGCUACUGCUUACGGCUCCUUGGCACGCAUGAAGCCACACGGAGCUCUAAGCGUAACACGAUGAAUAACUUCAUCUACUACCUAGAGGGUUCAGGCAAAUCAGGCCUCUACAAAAAAGGGACACCCCGCUACCCUGCUGAACGAAAGGUGUUGAAGACUUAUGAGGCAUUCAACGCCAUCCGAGACGCCCAUUUAAGUAGUAAUAGGCAUUCAGCUCAACUUACGACGUUUAAGGACCUCCAACAGAACUAUUACGGAGUCACUGAAAAGGACGUUGAAAAGCUACUGCGUCUCUGUCGUGUUUGUGCAGCAGCAAGGCACCCUCCUCCUGCCCCGCGGGCCCUGCGGGCGAUCCUCUCAAGAGAGAUAUUCGAGCGGGUGCAGAUGGAUCUAAUUGAUUACCGGAACCACCCUAAUCCAGUUACGCAGGACAAAUACGUGCUACAUAUGAGGGAUCACUACUCCAAAUACUGCAUAUUAAUACCUCUAAAAGAUAAGACAGCGAGGACAGUAGCCGCCGGGAUACUCCGUUGGAUCCAGGCCUUCGGUGUGCCUCAUAGGAUACAAACAGAUAACGGCACUGAGUUUGUAAGCGCUGCUACUCAACAGCUGUUCAACGAUUUCGGCAUUGAUACGUGUACUGGCCGGCCCAGGCACCCAGAGUCCCAAGGAGGUGUUGAAAAGGCUAAUGGGCACGUAAAAGAGAAGAUAGAGAGGGUCCGCGUCGCCCAUGGCCAUCCCGGCUUCGCCCAUGCCUGCCUAGACGUUACACUAC